AGCGCACGCCUUGUAGAGAGCGAGAACAGUGCCGGUACCCGUGAAUUCGCUCGUUUCAUUUCGUUAGCCAUGGAGAAGUGUGAGUUAAACGGACACACUGUGUCUAAAAGCCCAGAAUCGUCCAGCUUAGUCAAAUGUGAAAAGAAAAGCUGCAAAAACAAGUGCACUGAUUUCUUUAGGAGAAAUCUGUUAGUUAUUCUCACGGUGUCAGGGGUUUUGGUAGGAGUUGGACUUGGUAUGGUUAUUCGGCAAAUGGAUCUCACUCGGGCGCAGAUGACAUAUUUCGCCUUUCCGGGCGAGAUGUUGCUGAGGAUGCUGAAGAUGAUCAUUCUUCCCCUAGUGGUGUGCAGUCUGAUCUCAGGCGCUGCCAGCCUUGACACUCGCUCGCUGGGGAAACUUGGAGGAAUCGCGGUGUCUUAUUUUUUGGUGACCACCCUGAUAGCCUCCUCCAUCGGCGUGGCACUUGCAUUCAUCAUCAAGCCCGGUGUCGGUGCCGGUGCGUUAAACACCAAUAGCUUAUCUCUGGAAAGCGUGAGCACCGACAAAGAAACCACGGACUCCUUUUUAGAUCUUGCCAGAAAUUUGUUCCCGUCAAACCUUGUGGCAGCAGCGUUCCGCUCGUAUGCCACGGAUUACAAGAACAUCUCAGUCAAGACAGGCGUCAAUGGAACCCUCCUCUACCAGAAGGUCCCUUAUGGCACGGAGACGGAUGGCAUGAACAUCCUGGGCCUGGUGCUCUUCGCCAUGGUGUUCGGCGUGGCCCUCAGGAAGCUGGGCUCGGAGGGUGAGGAGCUCAUCCGCUUCUUCAACGCUUUCAACGAGGCCACCAUGGUGCUGGUGUCCUGGAUCAUGUGGUACGUGCCUGUGGGCAUCAUGUUCCUGGUGGGCAGUAAGAUCGUGGAGAUGGAGGACGUGGUGCUGCUGGUCACAAGCCUGGGCAAGUACAUCUUUGCGUCCAUCUUGGGCCACCUCAUCCACGGAGGCAUCGUCUUGCCCCUCAUCUACUUCGCCUUCACCCGCAAGAACCCCUUCACCUUCCUCUCGGGCCUCAUCACGCCCUUCACCACAGCCUUCGCCACCUGCUCCAGCUCGGCGACCCUGCCUUCCAUGAUGAAGUGUGUGGAGGAGAACAACGGGGUGGACAAGAGAAUCAGCCGCUUCAUCCUCCCCAUCGGCGCCACCGUCAACAUGGACGGGGCGGCCAUCUUCCAGUGCGUCGCCGCCGUGUUCAUCGCCCAGCUGAACAACCACGUUCUGAACGCCGGCCAGAUCUUCACCAUCCUGGUUACUGCCACAGCCUCCAGCGUUGGAGCGGCGGGGAUCCCAGCUGGGGGAAUCAUCACCAUCGCCAUCAUCCUGGAGGCCAUCGGCCUGCCCACCAACGACCUGUCACUCAUGCUGGCUGUCGACUGGAUUGUUGACCGCACCACCACCGUAGUGAACGUGGAGGGUGACGCUCUAGGGGCUGGAAUCCUGCACCACAUCAACGAGGAGGAGCAGAAGAAGUUACGGCAGCAGGAGGAGGAGGAGCAGGGAGCGCACGAGCUCGCCGAGGUCAAGGUGGAGGCGGUGGCUAACACGCAGGCGGACGGCGAGACCUCCCCGCUGGUGACGCACCGCCCGCUCGCGCCGGACUCGUCCUGCGCCAACCUGCUGGACAAGGAAGGCAUGGAGUCCGUGCUCUGAGCCCAGGGACCUGUGUGUUCUCUCUCUCUCUCUCUCUCUCUCUCUUUCUUUCUCUCCCUCUCUCUCUCUCUCUCUCUCUCUCUCUCUCUCUCUCUCUCUGCCUGUUUCCAGUACUACCACCACAGGGUAGUACAGUUAACGUACGCCGACACGCAUACUGAACACUGUUACCUCUUAUGUGGAACGUUUACUUGUAUCUUGUCGUUCAGUUUUUCAGUGCAGAGAAAAAAACAACAAAGGAGAAAAUGUCUAAAUGUGCCAUAGUUGACAUUGGUAUGGUGUCAGACGGGCCAUGGCUUUGUUUGUGUGGUGAAAGUGCUUGCAAGUGUCUGGCAGAAUCUUUUUUUCCCAAUCACUACUGCCCUUUCUUCCUGCUCUCAAAUUUAGUGGAAGAGGAAACUGGUUGUUUGUUUUUGUAAAUCCAAAGGGAACUCUCCCAAGCUUGAAGUAGUCAGUGUUAGUGUAAACAAAUAGGAGAAUUAUUUGCAGAGUAACCCAGGUUUUUUGUUUGUUCUACACUCGCGUGACAUAUUAACCGCAUCUUUUAAUGCUAGAGAAGAGAACCUGUUUGUUGUAAAUAUUUGCGUGGGUUGUUCCUCAGUGACGUAUUUUCUGGCCAACCAAUGAUGUUGGUAAAUGGUAUGGACUAAAUCUCCUUGUGACUAUUCAGUGCAUGUUCACUGGUCCAGUUUGAAUAGUCUGAAUCAAAUCAUGGUAGACACAACACCCUAACUGCCAAAUAUUUAUGAAGUCGACAAAUAUUCUUGUGGAGCGUGAUAAUCUAUUGCAUAGUUUGAAUCCAAAACUUCCAUGAAAUAAUUGGAAGGAUAUCUUUUGUCAAAAUGCUGUGUUUUGUGGAGAUGGCCAUGGGGAAACAUUGGUCUUUUUUGUGGUCACACAGCUCCUACUGGUGGUUCUUUCAGAAAACCUAAUGUAGAACUUUUUGUAUGACUGUAGCGCCACCCUGAGGUAAAAUAUCAGUAUUAAUUUUCUCUAAAAGAGAACUUGUGUCAAUACAAAGAUAACCACUAAAUGAAGGGAUUAAAUAACCAUUUCAAUUUUGCAAUUAUUUGAAGCAUUUCUCAUCAAUGUGAAUCUCAAUGUCAAAAUGAAUGCUACAUGUAUAUAUUUAAAUGUAUACCAAACUUUUCUCGUCAUGAGCUUAAUAUCAUCAUUGUGUGACUGUUACAAAAUUUGAGCUGGUGAAAAGAUGACCUAAAAGAUAAUCAGAAAUGUUGUCACCAAAAUGCAUGUUAGAUGAUAUAUGGCAAGUGCUUUCUGGCUUUGGCUCAUUUGGUUGCUGCCACAGGCAGAUUUGCAUGUUAAAUAUUUUGGUUUCCCCUUGCACCUUAUUAGUGCUUUGGAUCAUCCAGAUUGAGGAGGUGUUACAUGGCCUGCUCUUAGUUUUAUGAUGGUCACACAUGUUCAAAUGUAUGGAUCAGCUCAUAAUGUCAGAAAAGUUUUGCUGUGCCAGACUGCAACCAUUACAGAACUGUUUAGUUAGAUGUGCAGAAUGUGUCUGGAGAAAUCACAGAUAGAUAAGCUAAAUGAAAGACUGUAAUUUAUUUUAAUUAUUUUGAAAUACUGUGUAAUUUGUAUUGUGUUGGAUACUAUUGAUGGAUGCCAUGUCUGAAUUUAUUGUAAUCAAAUUGCAAUAUAGCCUAUAUUUUAUUAACAUCUUUAACACUUUUAGUUUAAAGAGGGCUAGCAAAAGUUAUUAUCUUUAACCUGUCAUAUUAUACUGUGUUAUACUGCCUUUCACCUUUAUAUGUGAACUAUCUUUGUAAUACUUCUUUAUACUUUUCAUGGUCAAACCUCUGCUUUUAACAUUAAAUCUGAGCAUCUAUGUUGAA